AUGUCGACAGCGGAAGUUCCUGGGCGACGACGCGGCGACUUACUUGAAGAUUUCUCAUUUGCGUCCUCAGUCGCCUUCCCAUUAGCUUCUGGAAGAUCUGAGAGCGACAGUGGUUUUCAGCAGUGGUGCCAUCGGAACAAUUAUCCAUGGCAACCAUCUGAAUCUGAAAGAGAAUUUCUUGAUCACACGCUCAUGUUCUUCCAUGGGACUAAUAAUCCAAGAAAGAGAGGUAGAGAUCCUCAGCCUUUUUCAUCUGAAUUCGAUACCGACCUUCACUUAUCCUUUGGAAGACAAAAACAAUUGCGAAGAUCACAAUCAGUUAAUUCUUGUUCAAUAAUGGCACAAAACUUGUCUCACCAUAUCAAACAACAGCGCAAUGAACUCCAGAAUCUCCUUCAAGCACAGACAGUGGCAGACUCGGAAGCGCAAAGGCUGAGAGAGAAAGAGACGGAACUAAAGAAGGCGGCGCAGCUAAACUCCAUCCUGGAAGCGCAGGCAGGGCAGAUAAAUGCUGAAGUGCAAAUGUGGCAGGCUAGGGCGAGGGAGCAGGAGGUCACAGCGGCGAUGCUACCGGCACAGCUGCUGCAGGCUGUGAAGGGGUGCAGUGCACAUCAGGUACAGAUGGAUGCAGGAAAUGAGGUAGGAUGCACCGUGGGUGAUGUGGACGAUGUAGAAUCGCAGUACAUUGACCCAGACCGAGUUGUUGAGUUGACUGGGCCGAGUUGCAAGAGAUGCCGGUGGCAUGACGCCUCGGUAAAAAUGGGAUCUUUUAGUGGGUUAGGAAUUGGGUUGAGUCUUGUAUUUGGUUUUAUUCUAAUUGGUCUUGUGGCAGAGCUAUGCUAUUUGCUAUGGUGGAAGAAGAGAAUAACGAGUAGCAGGGGAGAAAUUGAAAGUUUUUCUUGUCUGUUUUGCUGGAAGAAGCCUUAUUCUGUAAACAGUAGCCAAGAACAGACAAAUACAGUGAAAAAUCCAGCAGAAUCCAUUAAUAGGCAUGAGGAAAUUGACCUAGAAUUAGGGUCAAGCAAAGAUUUGCUAUUGAAAGGGUACGGUGAAGAUGGCGUUGAAACUGAACUGAUGAGGCUGCACAAUCUUUGGGGGCCCCCAAGAUUUCUCUUCACAAUCAAGGAAGAAAGCAAGGAGGAUUUGGAGUCUGAUGAUGGGAAAUCAAAGGGUGAUAGAAGUAGCAGAAAAGGAUCAAGAACAAGAAGUUUGAGUGAUCUUUUUAUUGGCGUAGAUGGAACUGGCACACCAUAUUUAACCCCUAUUUCUUCACCCUCUGUUAAGGCUUUUGAUUCUUGUUAUAACCAUGGAUUUAAUCCUCUUUUUGAAUCAUUAUCAGAGGCUGAAGUUAAUAGAUUAAGAUCUUCACCUCCUCCAAAAUUCAAGUUCUUGAAGGAUGCAGAAGACAAGUUAUUUAGAAGAUUGCUAAUGGAAGAAGCUGAGAAAAGAAGGGUGGGGUUUUCAAAUUUGAGUGAAGAAGAAAAGAAUGGUUCUUUCAUGUCAUUUAUCAAUAAGAGCCAUAACAAAGAAUCACAGGUACUUCCAUUGGCUUCUUCUCCAACAUUCAGACCAGAACUUGACAAAAAAUCAUCAGGGAAGUAG